AUGCGCUGUUCAGCCUGUCAUGAUGUGGUGGAGAGAGAGCCCUACCUGCGUCUGUGUCUGACUGAAGUGUGUGGCUGUGGCCCCCAGAAACCCUGCCAGUGUACCGUCCUCACCGCCUAUGCCCGCCACUGUGCCCAGGAGGGCGUGCCUGUUAGCUGGCGCAACCACACCUUCUGCCCGGUGCAGUGUUCGGGGGGACAGGUGUACCAGGAGUGUGGUCGGCCAUGCGGUGGUUCCUGUACUGACCUCCGGCAGGGCUGGAGCUGUGAGCAGGGCAACCGGAGCUGCGUGCCAGGCUGCCAGUGCCCUCCAGGCCUGGCACAGGACGACAAGGGCCAAUGUGUGCCCGUCUCCAUGUGCCCAUGCGUGCAGGGGAACAAGCUGUACCAGCCUGGUAGUACCGUCCAUAACAACUGCAACACCUGUCUGGACGCACCGGGACAGGCAUCCCCUGGACCCCCUCCCUCCCCCUGCCAAGAGCCCAGGGCAGGCUGUGUCUGCCCUCAGGGGACCGUCCUGCUGGGUGAUCGCUGUGUCCUCCCAGAGAAGUGUCCGUGUCACCAUAACGGUCGACUGUACUACAACAAUGACACAAUCACCAAAGACUGCAACACAUGCAUAUGCAAGGAGCGCCGCUGGCACUGCGGCCAGUCCCUAUGUGCGGGGACCUGCGUGGCAACGGGUGACCCUCACUAUGUGACGUUCGACGGACGCUGCUUCUCCUUUCUGGGCGACUGUGAGUAUGUGCUGGCGCAGGAAGCGGGCGGUCUGUUCAGUGUGACGGCGGAGAACGUGCCCUGCGGCAGCACGGGGGUCACCUGCACCAAGUCAGUCAGCCUCAGUGUGGGCAACACCGCCAUCCACCUGCUAAGAGGUAAAGCCGUGACAGUGAAUGGCAUGCCGGUCACUCUACCCAAGUCCUACUCUGGCAGUGGUCUGACUCUGGAGAGAGUGGGUCUGUUUGUGUCCCUCUCCUCCCGCCUGGGGGUCACUCUGCUCUGGGACGGAGGCAUGCGUGUAUACGUGCGUCUUGCGGCCCACCUGAGAGGGCGAGUGGGGGGUCUGUGUGGGAACUUUGACGGGGACACAGAGAAUGACUUCACCACGCGUCAGGGUAGCUUAGAGUCUACAGCCGAGCUGUUUGGCAACUCCUGGAAGGUCAGCCCCUCCUGCCCCGAUGUUCAAGACCAGGACCUCCGAGAACCAUGCACUAUCAACCCCCACAGGGUGACGUGGGGGAGGAAGAGGUGUGCUGUCAUCACCCAGGACCUGUUUUCUCUGUGCCACUCUGAGGUGCCCUACCAGCAGUACUAUGACUGGUGUGUCUUUGAUGCUUGUGGAUGUGACUCUGGGGGGGACUGUGAGUGUCUGUGUACAGCGAUCGCUGCCUACGCUGAGGAGUGUAACCGUCGUGGCGUCUACAUCCGCUGGCGGUCCCAGAAACUCUGCCCCCUGCAGUGUGAAAAUGGUCUGGUUUAUGAGGCCUGUGGGCCGGCUUGUUCUCCCACCUGUCCCAGUGAAGCCCAGAGCCCUGACUCCCAGUGUGGGGCCUUCUCCUGUGUGGAGGGCUGCUUCUGCCCUGCAGGCACUCUCCUCCACAGUGAAGGCUGCGUGGCGCCCUCACUCUGUCCGUGUGAGUGGGAGGCCUCUGUUUUCCCCCCUGGGGCCAGCAUCACCCAGCACUGCCAGAACUGCUCAUGCAUUGAGGGCUUAUGGCAAUGUGAGGGCUCCCCCUGCCCCACUCCCUCCCCCUGUCAGGAGUCAGAAUUCCUGUGCGCGGGGGGGCGCUGCGUGCCCUCCCUAUGGGUGUGUGACAACGAGGACGACUGCGGUGAUGGCUCUGACGAGCUGUGCCCGUCUACCUAGUGCGGGGUGGUGUGUGGCGAGGGGGAGUUCCUGUGUUCAGGGGGCCGUUGUGUGCUCUACCUCCACCGCUGUGAUGGCCAUGAUGACUGUGGGGAUCUGAGUGAUGAGAGGGGGUGUGUGUGCGCCCCGGGAGAGUUCCAGUGCCCUGGGGACCAGUGUGUCCCCACAGACAGGGUGUGUGACGGACACAAAGACUGUCCCUCUGGCACCGAUGAAGCCGUCUGCCCAACCAAAGUGACCUGUGCCCCUGGUCAGUUCCUGUGUGCUGAUGGCACCUGUGUGACACCCACCAAGCUGUGUGACGGGGUGACAGACUGCCAGGGCGGAGAGGACGAGGACCAGAACAACUGUCACCCAGUUACCAUGGCCCCAGUUACCAUAGCAACACCCAUCACCCCGACUGCACCCACUUCAGCCUGCCAGCCCUAUGAGUUUGCCUGUGCCAAUGGGCAGUGUGUGCCCCGGGCUUGGCACUGUGAUGGGGAGACGGACUGUUUGGAUGGGAGUGACGAGCAGGGCUGUCCCUGGGUGUGUGGCCCCGGCCAGGUGCCAUGUCUCAGUGGUGACCAGUGUGUGGACUACCAGCAGCUAUAUAAGACCAGCCCGUCCCCUGCUCCCCCUGGUGAUAAGAACACCAGUCACACCUGUCCUGAGUUCACCUGCCUGGACGGAUCCUGUGUCUCCUUCAAAGCAGUGUGUAAUGGCAUGGCAGACUGUGCUGACUCCCUGCUGGGGUCCUUAGGGGGGCCCUCUGAUGAGCAGGGCUGUAGGAGCUGGGCCCCAUGGGGCCCCUGGAGUCCCUGUAGCCUCUCCUGUGGGACAGGCUCCAUGAGCAGGCAGAGACUCUGCUCCCUGGGGGACGCCCUGGGUCAGUGCAGAGGGGACGACACCCAGAGACAGCAGUGUUUCAGCACGUCAUGUCCUGUGGAUGGGCAGUGGUUGCCGUGGGUGACGUGGUCUAACUGCUCUAAGGAUUGUGGGGGUGUGGAGGUGAGGCAGAGGGGGUGCAUCCCACCCCAGAACGGGGGCAGAGAUUGCACCCAGCUCCCUGGAGAGUCUACCCUGGCCACGGAAAUCAAGCCUUGCCCUGAAGAAGGCUGUGCCAACGUCACAUGUCCUAGUGGCCUGGUGAGACUCAGCUGUGCCCCCUGCCCAGUGUCAUGUGGCCACAUCAGCAGUGGCUCCAUCUGUGACACGACUGCACCAUGUUUCUCAGGUUGCUGGUGUCCAGAGGGUCGGGUGAUGAACCAUGCCCAGCAGUGUGUGUUGCCGGAGGAGUGUGUGUGUGAGGUGGCCGGGGUGCGGUACUGGCCUGGGCAGCAUGUCAAGAAGGACUGUGAGAUCUGUACGUGUGAGAGAGGCAGACCUCAACACUGCCAGCCAAACCCAGAAUGUUCAGUCCACUGUGGUUGGUCGACGUGGUCAGCUUGGGGGGAGUGUUUGGGACCGUGUGGGAUCCAGAGUGUCCAGUGGUCCUUCCGCAGUCCCAACAACCCCAGUAACCAUGGCAAUGGGAGAAAGUGCAGAGGAAUCUACCGGAAAGCUCGCCGCUGUCAGACCGAUUCCUGUGAGGAGUGUGAGUUCCAAGGCCAGUCCCAUGCAGUUGGGGACCGAUGGAAGGCGGGCCAGUGCCAGCUGUGCCACUGUCUACCCAACCUCACAGUGCAGUGUGCCCCCUACUGCCAACAUGCUGCCACUGGCUGCCCCCAGGGUCAGAGUCUGGUUCCAGGGGAAGGUGACAUGUGUUGUUAUUGUGAAGGUGACAUUGGCACCAUUUCAGUGGCAACGACACCUGGGACUGUGUCAGUGAGUGUCCAACCCUCCACCCCAACAGAUGGCAGUAUACCCCUGGUCCCCACAUACCCCCUUCCACCUGGAGAGGAGUGCUGGUCACCCCUGGGGGUCCAGUCUCUCCCUGACUCCAGCUUCAGUGCCUCCUCACACCAGUGGGGUCACCCUCCACGGGCAGGGCGUCUGUACGCACGGGACCCCCACAAGGACCUGCAGGGCUGGAGCCCUGACACAGAGCAGUACAGGGACCUUCCUCCAGGGGCCCCCGAGGACCACAGUGGAGCUGUGCAGGCCCCAUAUCUCCAGCUGGACCUGCUAAGACCCCACAACAUCACUGGUGUGCUGACUCAAGGGGGAGGUGUGUUUGACACCUACGUGUCCAGCUUUUACCUGCAGUUCAGUAACGAUGGCAGACAGUGGUACACCUACCAGCAGCUGAUUGCUGAUGCCCGCCCCAGAGCCAAGGUGUUCUUGGGUAACCGUGACGACCGGAGUGUGUCCUACACCAGGCUGGACAGGAUGGUGUUGGCUCAGUUUGUACGUGUGCUGCCACAUGACUUCCAGAACGGCAUCUACCUUCGCUUGGAACUCAUGGGCUGUGGAGAUGGUUCCCGCUGGCUAUCCACCCCCUCCCCUCUCUCCCCUCUCUCCCCGUUCACCCCGGCCCGGCCCUGCAGAGCUAGAGAGUUCCAGUGUGGUAACGGGCGCUGUGUCCCCACGGGGCCCAAGGGGGUUGUCUGUGAUGGGAUCAAUGACUGUGGGGACGGAUCUGACGAGCUGCACUGUGGUACUCAGCCCUCCCCUACAUCUACAAGCCCACGGGGCUGUCCCAGAGGUCAGUACUCCUGUCCGCCACCAGGGGGCUGUAUUGAUGCAGCGCUGCGCUGUGACGGAAUCCCCCACUGUCCCAAUGGAGAGGAUGAGACAGGAUGCCACCCUCAUGAUAAUACCACCCAGGCAGGGAGGCCUUACAGACCCACACCAGCUCCUCUAAGGACUCCUAGUAUGGCCGCUGUCACUCUGCCUAAGACUACCCCUACACCAACAGCAGGUGGCCCUGGGUAUGGAGGCAUCUGUUCCUCUGCACUGGGAUUGGAGGACGGGAAGAUUCGCUACGGUCAGCUGACCUCGUCCACCCAACGUGAGAACAACCCUGCGGAUGCCGGGCGCCUCAACAUUGUGCCUAACGUUCUGAUCAUGGAGCCUGGAUGGAGCCCCCUGCCAGGCGACCCUCAGCCCUACCUCCAGGUGGACCUCCUAGAGCCCACCUGGGUGUCUGGUGUGGUGACCCAGGGCAGUGAGAGGAUGUGGGGCUACCUCUCCAAGUACCGUCUGGCCUUCGCCCUGGUCCAGAGCCACUUCACUGACUACACCGAGACUGGAGAGAGGGGCAGUCCUGCCAAGGUGUUUGAGGUGCGGAUGGUGGGCAGGACCCCGGUGACGCGUUGGCUUGGGAGGCUGGUCCGAGCUCGCUACCUCCGCAUCAUCCCAGUAGAGUUCAGACACACCUUCUAUCUCCGCGCAGAGAUCCUAGGCUGCAAAGGGGAUGAGUUGGUGACCCCUAGCAGCGCCACAACUCCCCGUGGUGUUGGGGUGGUGACAGUGAAGCGCUGCUACCCGGGCCAGUUUGCCUGCCACACUGGGGAGUGUGUUCCUGUGUCUGUACUGUGUGACGGCCGACUGGACUGCAAAGACCACUCGGACGAGAUCAACUGUGGCACAGUGCCCACCAGGGGUCAACCCGGGGUACACACCAAGGAGCCCCAGGAUGGCCGCCCUGGCAUUGCCACCACGGGCACCCCGGGUCUCAGUCCUGACAGCUCUGGGGGCACAGGGGAACCAGGGGUUCAUGGGUUCACCACCCCCAGGCCAGGGCAGUGGACAUCCAUAUCCACAGGGUACCCAGGGGUUGGGCCCAGCACUCUCCACCCCGGAAUACCUGGACUGCAGUCUACAACAGCUCUCUGGGUCACCACGACCGCCCAUGAUGGGGGCCUACCCAGAGUCCUGUGCGUGGAGGGCCAGUUCUCCUGCAGGCUGUUUGGCUGUGUGGACGCUGCGGUGGUGUGUGACAGUCACCAGGACUGUCUGGACGGCUCUGAUGAAGACCACUGUGGUACUACAUCAAGGCCAGCAGUGACGACACGGCGCCCCCUGGUGCCCAGCCCCUGCUCCCCCAAGCAGUUCUCCUGUGGCAGCGGGGAGUGUGUGCACCUUGACAAGAGGUGUGACCUGCACAGGGACUGUGCUGACGGAUCAGACGAGCGAGACUGUGUGAACUGUAUCAUGUCAGCGUGGACAGGCUGGAGCCAGUGCAGUGUGACGUGUGGCCUGGGUUCCCUGUUCCGCCAGAGGGAGGUCCUGAGAGAGGCGCUGGCCGGGGGAAUGUGUGGGGGCGCCCAGUUUGACAGCCGAGCCUGCUUCCCUAAGGCGUGCCCCGUGGACGGUCAGUGGUCAGAGUGGAUGGGCUGGUCCCUGUGUGACACCCAGUGCGGGGGAGGGCUGAGGGGGAGGAACCGGACCUGCUCCAAUCCUCCCCCUAAGAACAGGGGGCGUGACUGUGAGGGGAUGAGGCUGCAGACCCAGAGCUGUAACAGCCAGCCCUGCGGCCCCAACACAGACUCACAGACAGGCUGUACUAAAGGCAUGGUGGUGGUAAGAGAGGCAGACUGCCAGUCUGGUAGAGUGGAGCCAUGUCCCCCCACCUGUUCACACCUACACUACCCCAACUGCACCUCCCAAUGCAUCACAGGUUGUCGCUGUCCGGCUGGUUUGUUCCUACAGGAUGGGCGCUGUGUGAACGCCAGUCAGUGUGUGUGCCACUGGGAGGGACUGGCAUUGCAGCCUGGACAAGAGGUCAGCAAGGACAACUGCAGCACAUGUGUGUGUGAAGAAGGCCGUGUCUCCUGUGACAACUCCAGCUGUGUGGCCAGCUGUGAUUGGUCAGCGUGGUCCUCCUGGACAUCAUGUGACAGCUCCUGUGGGGUGGGACUACAGCAGCGCUAUAGGUCCCCUGUGAGCCCAGCAGGAGUGGUGAGAGUCCAGCCCUGUCCUGGGGACUCCUCAGAGGCUCGUCAGUGCUUCACCCCCUGUCCCCCUGGUAAGGAUGAGGCGGUGUGGGGGGAGUGGACGGCCUGGUCAGAGUGCAGUAAGACCUGUUUCCACCACGUGGACGAGGUUGGGCUGAGGAGGAGGUUCCGCACCUGUAACACACCCACAAACACACACACCUACACACACACCAACAUACACAGCUACACACACACCAACACACACACCGACUGUGAGGGAGACGCAGAGGAACAGGAGCCCUGUAACACCGUGCACUGCCCAGUGAAUGGCGGCUGGUCGGAGUGGUCCCCAUGGUCCCCGUGCUCGUCAGAGUGUGACUCGGGGGCUCAGACCAGAGAGCGCUUCUGCAGUUCCCCUCCUCCACAGCACAGGGGCAGCACCUGCCCAGGGCCUCACAUCCAGACCCGAGACUGCAACUCCCACCCCUGUUCAGGAGUGUGUCCAGAGGGCAUGGCCUACAUGAGCAAGGAGCAGUGCCAGGCUCACGGUGGUGCGUGCCCACGGGUGUGUAUGGACAUGACAACAGAGGUGGAGUGUGCCACGGAGUGUUACGACGGAUGCUACUGUGCCCUGGGACUCUACCUGCUCAACAGCACUUGUGUGCCCCUCACCCAGUGCCCAUGCUACUACCAGGGAGAGAUGUACCCAGGAGGAGCUGGUGUGAAACUGGACGAUUGCAACAACUGCACCUGCCAUAAUGGAGAGAUGAUCUGUGAAACAGCGCCCUGCGCUGUGGACUGUGGCUGGAGCAGCUGGACCCAGUGGAGCGCCUGCAGCAGGACGUGUGACGUGGGCGUGAGGAGGCGGUACCGCUCGGGGACCAAUCCACCGGCUGCGUUCGGGGGGCGUGUCUGCAGGGGCGACAGGGUGGGGAUGGACACCUGCAGUCUGGAGCCCUGUCAGGGUGUGAAGGAGCCAUGGAGUGUAUGGUCAGAGUGUUCGGUGACGUGUGGAGGGGGGUACAGGAACAGGACACGGGGACCCCAAAGAACCCAUGGUACUGCCCAGCAGUUCUCUGCCUGUAACCUGCAGCCCUGUGGUGAUGGGACGGGCUGUCCUGGGGGACAGGUGCGGACGGUGUGUGUGGAGGGGCCGGUCACCUGCUCUGACAUCAGUAUGGAUUAUGAGAGGAAUUGUACACCGGGCUGUCAGUGUCCACACGGCACUGUCCUGCAGGAUGGCAAGUGUGUGUGGGUGUCUCAGUGUCGCUGUGAUGUGGAUGGGGAGCAGUAUGAACCUGGAGAUGUCGUACCUAGGGACUGCAACAACUGCACAUGUGAUUCUGGGAGGCUGGUAAACUGCACUCAACUCAGCUGUAAUGUGGACGGUCAGUGGUCUUCCUGGACCCCCUGGGGCCAGUGUUCAGUGAGGUGUGGACCAGGUCUCCAGUCCCGCUACAGGUUCUGUUCUAGUCCACAGCGGUCUGGGAGUGGUCUGCCCUGUAUCGGACCUGACCACCAAGACCAGCUGUGUAUGACUGCUCCCUGUGAUCGUAAUGGUGGCUGGGGGGAGUGGAGCAACUGGACAGACUGCACCAAGUCAUGUGGUGGGGGUGUUCAGAGCAGACGCCGGGAUUGUGAUAGCCCCAGUCCAGAGGGAGAGGGGGACUACUGUGAGGGGCUGGGCACAGAAGUCAUCUCCUGCAACACUGACCACUGCCCAGUUGCGCCUUGCUCUCAGGUCCCUGGGACAGUGUUCAGUAGCUGUGGCCCCUCGUGUCCUCGCUCCUGUGAUGACCUGUCUCACUGUGAGUGGCUCUGUGAGGCUGGGUGUUACUGCACGGAGGGCAAGGUGCUGUCUUCCAACGGGACAUCCUGUGUUGAGAGAGAAAAGUGCCCCUGUCUGGACCUCAACACCGGCCUGAGAUUGUACCCUGGAGAGAGCACCACUGCCCCCGACAGCUGCAACAACUGCACCUGCGAGGGAGGGAGGCUCAACUGCACCAGUGACCCCUGUCCAGUGUCAGGUGGGUGGUGUGAGUGGUCUGGCUGGACCCACUGUUCUAAGACGUGUGGGGCAGAGUGGGUGUCCAGAUAUCGCAGCUGUGGCUGUCCAGAGCCCAAGGCGGGAGGAGCCCCCUGCCAAGGGGAACAGGAAGUGCACGGUGGGGUGGGAGUACAGAUCCAGAGGCAUCCCUGCCCUGUGGUCACCUUCUGCCCAGUCCAUGGUUCGUGGAGCCUGUGGUCGGGCUGGUCAGAGUGUGAUGGCUGUGAGGGGGUGUCUGUGAGGACCAGGGAGUGUAACAGUCCUCCUGCCAGGUUUGGGGGUCUGCCCUGCCAAGGGGAGAGCCGGCAGAGCCGCGGCUGCCAUGACAACAUCACCGUCUGCUCAGACUGUGGCGGGGUGCAGGUGGACUGGCCAUGUGGGAAGCCCUGUCCACGCUCCUGCUCUGAUCUCCAUGGCGACACAGAGUGUCUGGACUCUGUGGAGUGCAGUAUGACCUGUGGUUGCUCGGGUGAUCUGGUGCUACAGGACGGCCAGUGUGUGGAGAGGGAGGAAUGUCGCUGUAAAUACCACAACAGCACUACUGGUGGGUUAGACUCUAGUAACACCUCGUGGGCGUGGCCUGGUAGGUCAGAUUGGCAGUUCGCAAAUCCAGGAGAGGCCAUCAUCGCUGACUGUAAAAACUGCACCUGUGAGGCGGGUGUUCUCCACUGUCAAUCAGUCCCUGGUUGCCAUGUCGACGGUGGCUGGAGCCAAUGGGGAGGCUGGUCAGAGUGCUCGGCCCCCUGCGGGGGUGGAGUCAAGCUCCGCGUGCGUCAGUGUGAUAACCCCGCUCCUCAGAGUGGGGGGAGGGGCUGUGCGGGCAUGGCUGAACAGCAGAGAGAGUGCAACAACCACACCUGUACAGACUCUGGUCACUUUCUGACCUGGUCCCCCUGGUCCCCCUGGUCUGUGUGCUCAGUGAGCUGUGGAGGAGGGGAACAGUCUCGUACCCGUCUCUGCAGCUUCCCGCCCUGCUCUGGCAUGAGGAGGCAGAGCAAGACCUGUAACACACAGGUCUGUCUCGAGGUGGGUUGCCCCCCGGGUCGUCUGUACAGGGAGUGUGUGCGGGGCGAGGGAUGCCCCUUCAGUUGUGCCCAGGUCAGUGGGCGAGAGGGCUGCUACUCUGAGGGCUGCGAGGAGGGGUGCCACUGCCCCUUGCAGACCUUCCAGCACAACAGAGCCUGUGUACAGGAGUGCCCCUGCCUGGUGGACAAGGAGCUCCUGACCUCACUACAGAAUGUUUCUGUGACCCCAGUGUUGGCCCAUCAUAACCUAACCCAGGGGGACGCGUUCCAGUCUGGGGAAACGUUCAUACACGACUGCAGUGUCUGCGAGUGUCAACAUGGUUUGUGGAACUGUUCCCUGGAACCGUGCCCUAUAGACGGGGGUCUGUCCCCCUGGGGCCCCUGGAGCCCCUGCUCCCUGUCCUGUGGGGGCCUGGGCCUAAAAACCCGCACCCGAGCCUGCAGCCACCCAGCCCCAGCCUACGGGGGCAGAGACUGCCUGGGGCCCCGGCAAGAGAGCACCUACUGUCAGGCUCCGGACUGCCCAGUGAUCAUCGGCCCCACAGAAGAGCCGUCUCUACCAGAUGAGAAUGCAGGCUUCUCUCAGUGGUCGUCAUGGACCACCUGCUCUCGGUCGUGUAGCGAUUCCCUGACCCCGGCCCUCAAGUCCCGUCAGAGGCGCUGUGUCAGACCCCCCUGCUCAGGGGACACCCAUCAGGAGAAGGCCUGCAACCUGCCCCAGUGUCCUGAUGGCGGUGGGGUGUGUGUGGGGGAUGACUGUGCCCAGAGGAACUGCACGUGGAUGGAGUGGGGCGAGUGGGUGGCGUGCUCGCGCUCCUGCGGCGUGGGUCAGCAGCAGAGGUUACGCACCUUCCUGACCCCCGGGGUCAACGGUUCCUGGUGUGAUGACAUCCUGGGGGGUAACCUGGAGAAUCGCUUCUGUAACAUAAAGGCCUGUCGAGUGGACGGAGGCUGGUCUCGCUGGAGCCCCUGGUCUCGCUGUGACAAGCGCUGUGGGGGCGGGCGUUCCAUCCGAACCCGCUCCUGCUUCAGCCCCCCGCCCAAAAAUGGUGGGCGCAAGUGUGAGGGAGAGAAGAACCAGGUGAAACCCUGCAACACCAAACCCUGUGAUGAGAAGGGUUGCCCAGCGGGUCAGGAGUUUGUGCCCUGUGCCAACGAGUGUCCUCAACGCUGCUCAGACCUCCAGCAGGGCAUCCAGUGCCAGGGCAACACAGAGUGCCAGCCUGGGUGCCGCUGCCCUAAAGGUCAGCUGCAGCAGGACGGGGUGUGUGUGCAGGUAUGGCAGUGUGACUGUGUGGACUCUCUGGGUCAGAGCUGGGCUGCAGGCAGCUGGCACCAGGUGGACUGCAACAACUGCAGCUGCGCAGACGGACUGCUUUCCUGCACCAAUCAGAGCUGCCAAGAGGCCAGCUGCACCUGGAGCUCCUGGUCCAAUUGGGCGUCCUGCAGCACUUCCUGUGGGCUGGGCCAGAGAACACGCUUCAGAUCUCUAAUACCAGAGCGUGAAGGAGCGGUUUGCCAGUUUGAGGAGGUGCAGCACAAGUCAUGUGACCCCGGGCCCUGCCCACCCCUCUGUGUCUAUGACAACCAGGAGCUGACCGUGGGAGACACAUGGCUGCAGGGAGAAUGUAAACAAUGUACAUGCACCCCAGAGGGAGACUAUUGCCAAGAUAUUGACUGUCGAGUGGAUGGUGGUUGGACGCCCUGGUCGGUGUGGUCGGACUGUCCGGUGACGUGUGGGCGGGGCACUCAAAUUCGGAGCCGGGCCUGUAUCAACCCUCCACCCCGUAACAACGGGACAAACUGCAGCGGACCGGAGAGAGAGGCCCAAGGCUGUCACACACCUCCCUGCCUCGAUGACCUUUGUCCCUGGUCACCAUGGUCCCCCUGCUCCCGCAGCUGCGGUGCGGGGGUGGUGUCGCGACGCAGGGUGUGUGUGUGUGAAGGGGAGGAGGAGGGCGCCUGCCCCCCUGAGGUAGAGGCGGAGAGGAACAGAGAGGAGACCCAGCUGUGCUAUAAGAGACCCUGUCCAGAGUGCCCCAUGUCAGAGUGGACUGAGUGGUCCGCCUGCUGCUGUGUGUCCCAGAGGCAGCAGCGUCACCGCGCACCGCUCUCACCAGCCACCAAGGGACAGCACUGUUCACAUCUGGACACCCAGAGCAGAAACUGCACACUAGACCACUGUCAUGACUCUUGUGAGAAGUCGUUCCAGUACUUGGAGUGUGGCUCUCCCUGUGAAAAGCAGUGUGCACUGCAGGGGCAGAAUGCGCUGUGUGCGGGGAUACAGGAGUGUACCCCUGGCUGCUACUGCCCUCAGGGCUUGCUGCAGCAGAACGGGACCUGUGUGCCCCCAGAGCAGUGUGGCUGUGUGCACCUCCAACAUCAGGCCUCAGGGAGACCUGUCUCUGUGAUUGUCCCACAGGGGACCAUGGUCACUAUAGACUGCAGCACCUGCCUCUGUCAUAAUGGGACGUUGCAGUGUGACAUGCGAGAGUGUGAAGUCAUUCUCAGUGAGUGGUCAGAGUGGACCCCUUGCUCUCCGUGUGUGCCUGCCUCCUCCCUGCAGUCCUCCUCCUCUCCCCAGGGUGGCGCUGCAGCCCUGGUGUCUGUCCAGCGACGCUACCGAGCCUGUCUGGACCUGGACUCAGGCCAGCCAGUCUCAGGGGAGGAAGAGGGGGCACAGUGCUCCGGGGAGCUGGAGGAGGAGAGGCUCUGCCCAGACCCCAAUGCAUGCAGAGACCUGUGCCAGUGGAGUGUGUGGAGUGUGUGGAGUGUGUGUCAGGAGCCGUGCAGUGGUGGGGUCAGACAGCGCCACAGACAGCCCCAGGCCUCCCCUCCAGGACCCCAGUGUCGAAAACAGCAGACCCAGACCCAGAGCUGCAACACUGGCCUCUGUCCAGGCGAGCGCUGUGAGGACAGGGGGCGGGUCUACCAGGUGUCUUGUGCCAAUCAGUGUCCCCGGAGCUGUACUGACCUCUGGGAGCAUGUGCAGUGUCUGCAGGGAGUCUGUCACCCAGGGUGUCGGUGCCCAGAGGGCUGGCUGCUGCAGGACGGGGUCUGUGUUCAGGUGUCGGAGUGUCGCUGUGGGGUUCCCAUGGGCAACGGCACCAUAGAAAUCAGCCCUGCUGAGAACAUCACACUGGACUGCAACACCUGUGUGUGUGAGAAUGGCACCCUGGGGUGCAUCGACCUGUUGUGUCCCGUCUAUGGUCCCUGGGGACAGUGGAGCGCCUGCUCAGAGUCCUGUGGGACGGGACAGAGGAUGAGGAUACGUCCCUGCAAUGACACAGAAGGAGGGCCACCCUGUGCUGAGACAGUCCACACUGAAACCUGUGUGCUGCCCCCUUGUCUAGCCGGGUGUGUGUUGAGUGAGUGGUCAUCUUGGAGUGAGUGCAGCGCCUCGUGUGGUGGAGGGGUGUCAGUGCGUAACAAGACCGUCUUACAGGAGCCACAGCCCGGGGGACAGGAGUGUCCUACUCGCUUAGAACAGCACACUGCCUGUAAAACCAACAGCUGUCUACCAGAGUGUUCAUCCAUCCAGGUGUUCAGCCAGUGUGCUGGCUCCUGCCCCUACAGCUGUGAGGACCUCUGGCCAGAGAACCAGUGUGUAUCUGGACCCUGCAUCCCUGGAUGCACCUGUCCCCCAGGCAUGGUGCUGUACAACGGAUCAUGUGUCCCUCAUGAUGCGUGUCCCUGUUCUCCGCACUCCCUCCCGGGGACUCUGAACAUGACCCUGGAUGACCCCAAAGAAGAGGUGGCCUCUGGGACGGUCUUACAACACCAGUGCAACACAUGUGUUUGUCGAGGAGGAGUAUUCAAUUGUACCGAGGACCCAUGCAAUGUGGACUGUGAGUGGGGUAGUUGGUCAGAGUGGAGUCAGUGCUCAGUGAGCUGUGGUUCUGGCCAGCGGAGCGCCAAACGGACCGUCUUCCAGGCUCAGCAAUACGAAGGGGCAGAGUGUGAGGGCCCGGCCCAGCAUACAGCAAUCUGCAGGGCCCCUGAUUGUGCCUGUCCUGGUGGAGAGAUAUGGAGGAGGAGUGUAUCGGAGGCUCUGUCUGUGUGUGAGAGGAGCUGUGUAGAGAUCUACCUGACCUCCCCACUCAACUGCAGCGCCUCCGAGGGGUGUGUGUGUAAGGAGGGGCUCUACCGAAACGCAGAGGGCCACUGUGUGAUCCCUGCACUCUGCCCGUGUGAGGACCAGGGGACGCUGAGAGAGGCUAGCUCUGAAUGGAAGGAGGGCUGCUUGGUGUGCCGCUGUGUGAACGGGCAGAAGCGGUGCCAAUCGGGAUGCCCACCACUGCAGUGUGAAGAGGGGGAAGUGAAAGUGGAGGAACCAGGCAGCUGCUGCCCAGUUUGCAGGAAGGAGUUCCCUGGGGAGCCCGUGGCGGAGUGUCGCCGUUACACGGAGGUCAGGAACAUCACUAAGGGAGACUGUCGUCUUGACAACGUGGAAGUCAGCUACUGUAGAGGGCGCUGUUUGUCCAAAACUGACGUCAUUUUGGAGGAGCCUUACCUCCAGUCGCUGUGUGACUGCUGCAGCUACCGGUUGGACCCUGAGAGCCCAGUGCGCUUCCUUAGCCUCCUGUGUGACAGUGGUGAGAGUGAGCCCGUCGUCCUGCCUGUCAUACACAGCUGUGAGUGCACCAGCUGCCAAGGGGGAGAUCUGUCCAGACGCUGAUUGUGUGUGUAUAGGCCUAGUGUGUGUGUAUGCGGAGGGACAGACAGACAGGUGGAUGGACAGACCAGGUGUCCUGAUUUCCUGUAUUAUAGACAUGUUCUGUGGUCCAUAGUCAUUAUAUGACUGGAUCAACUAUCAUAGAGUGCCUUCUGAAACUCUCAGAUCCUUUACACUGUACAGCAUUUUGCUACUUUUCUAAUAAAUCACUAGUGGUUUUAAUGAAAGCAUUUUCUGUUUCAAUGUAUUAUUCUGUAAAAAAAGAUAUAUAUAUUUAAAGAUUAUGUAAUACUAUGUAUGCUGCUGAAUGUGACAUCUAUACCAGUAUAUUUGGUAAAUCUAAUCAUAUGCAUGUCUUUGUGAAAAGAUUGGCAUGUCAAAUUUAAACAAGCAGUCUCAGAGAGAGACAGAGACAGAGAGAGAGAGAGAGAGAGAGAGAGAGAGAGAGAGAGAGAGAGAGAGAGAGAGAGAGAGAGAGAGAGAGAGAGAGAGAUUCACAACCGAAGGCAGACUGGAAGAGCUCACUGGGGGACGCUUACAUGAGACCACCGCGUGACUGUGUCCUCUCUCUCCUCCUGACUAAAUAAGGGAGUUGGAACGAGAGGGAGGCAGCUCGCCGCCCUGCGGAGCGCUAUGGAUCCCCCUCCACUUCACAUUACCGCCUUAAAAAUAAAAUACAUUAAAAUCUAUCAGGA